AUGGCUGCUGAAUCAAAAAACUCUGCGGAUGAAAUGAAUAAGAAGAAGCUCCAUGGUGACUCUUCAACUUCUGAGCAUAAUAAUUCCAUCAUGGUUUCUUCAAAGGGUGGUGGAAGUUCACCAUCUGAUGCAAGAUCAUGUGUAUCAUCAAUAGGAGAUGCUUCUGGAAGUGUUAAAGAAGGGGAGUUGGAUCAUGAAUAUCAAUCUAUGGAUCCGAAUGUUCCGUAUUAUGGAUACUAUUAUCCAGGUUAUGGUGGUUUCUAUGGGGAGCCAGAAAAUCAAGGAUAUUACGUUGGUGCUGAAGCCGUGGAUUUUCAGUAUCCGGUCAUGCAAGCAGAUAAUGGGUCUUAUGUCUAUCUCAUGCCAGGGUUUCAGACUGGCUACCCUUCAUAUUUUCCUUUGAAUACCGCCGGUGUCGAUGGUCAAUAUCAUGUUUACCCUCCUGGUUCGGUCUAUCAACAACCAAUUGGAUCCCCUGCCUAUUAUCCAGCUUCAGUACCUUAUGCGGAGUUGUUUCCAUCAACAUACUCUUGGGAUUCAUCGUUAACAGCACAAGAUGUAUCACAAAGGAAUUGUUACAAUAACUCGGUUACUAAACCGAGUGGUAGGUCUAAUUUUUCUUCCGGUAGUGAUAUGGUGUCAAAGUCUAUGCCUUCUUCUAAUGUGGCCAACUCAUCCGAAGUGAAGGGUUCGCCACCGUUAUUAGAGGUUUCGUCAACUCAUGUUAAGCGUAACCAGCCAAAACAAGCAAACAAGGCAUCCAUUUCCGGUCCGGUUCUCCACUCAGAUGCAACGACCAAAGUAUCGUUUCCUGUUGCGAAGUUUUCUACAUAUAAUCAAGGAAAGAGUGGAUUCCCCUAUCAAAGCAACGUGCUUAACGUGAAAGCAAAUACAAAGGGAUGGGUUAGUACUGAAAAACUGAAACUCAGAAACAAGGUUAACGAUUCACUUAUUGAGCAGAAUCAGGGUCCUAGAACUUCUAUUGCGAAAGUUACUUCAAAUUUGGGAGAUAAUUCUGCUCGAACGGUAGCAGUCGAAGAGAGUAGAGACAGGGACAGCAAAAUCAGGACAGAUCAGUAUAACCUUCCCGAUUUUCCAACCAAAUACGAUCAUGCACUUUUCUUUGUCAUUAAAUCAUACAGCGAGGAUGAUGUUCACAAGAGCAUCAAGUAUGACGUAUGGGCGAGCACUCCAAAUGGGAAUAAGAGAGUCGACAAUGCGUUUCAGGAUGCACAGAAUCGAAUGGAAGAGAAAGGAAGCAAGUGUCCUGUAUUCCUUUUCUUCUCGGUCAAUGCUAGUGGUCAAUUUUGCGGAGUAGCCGAGAUGAUAGGUCGCGUCGAUUUCAACAAAAGUAUGGAUUUCUGGCAGCAAGACAAAUGGAAUGGAUAUUUCCCAGUCAAAUGGCACAUUAUAAAGGACAUUCCAAAUCCUCAACUACGACAUAUUAUCCUCGAGAAUAAUGAUCACAAGCCUGUAACAAACAGUAGAGACACACAAGAGGUGCCUUUUCCGCAAGGUAUUGAAAUACUCAACAUUUUCAAAAACUACGGAUCAAGAACAUCAAUAUUAGACGAUUUUGAUUUCUAUGAAAGCCGUCAGAAGGUAAUGCAGGAGAAGAGAACAAGACAACCUAUGCAACAUACAAGCAAUACACAGCAUAUAGAUGACUUAACAAGUGCGCUCGGGUCGGUAGACAUAUCAAGUGUAAAGAAGAUGGAAGAUUCCAAGUUGGUUGAGAAAGUUAAUGACUGA